AGGAAUCGCAGGACGACUCCUGGUAGGAAGAUUGGGAAGAGACCGUGACUUGAGUCUUCCGCCGCAGAACCUGUCCCUGACGGCCCGUGUGCGAGACCUGGAGCGUCUGCUGGACCAGGAGCGGGAGUGGCACGGCCGGGCCCUGAUGGCCAAGGAGGGAGAGGUCUCCCGGUUGCGGGCGGAGAUCGAGGACCAGCUGCGGGAGUACCAAAACCUGCUGGACAUCAAGGUGGCUCUGGACCUCGAGACUGCCGCGUACCGCAAGCUCCUGGAGGGCGAAGAGUCCCGGCUGCACAUUACGCCCAGCGCAUCUACCAGCGGGGCUGAGAUGUACACCAGUCCGCUGCUCCGAGGCGCCAAGCGCAGGCUGACCUUCUCCCACCGGGAGGAGCAGUCAAACUUCGACGUCCAGGUCUCCGCAUCCGCCAAGGGGGACCUGGAGAUCUCGGACCACUGCCCAGACGGAAAAUACGUCAUCGUAAAGAACAAGGGCACGAAGGAGAUUCCAUUGGCUGGCUGGCGGAUUGACCGGAGGUCCGGCAACGAUGAGUUCACCUUCCGGUUCCACCGGACCCACGUAAUCCAACCGGGAACCACCAUCACGGUAUGGAGCUCCGACGCCGGUGCAGCACACAGCCCUCCGUCGGACCUGGUCAUGCGCAACCAGCAGUGGCCCCACGUUGAACCGAUGCGCACAGCCUUGCUCAGCGCUGAUGGGGAGGAGGUGGCCUUUCGGGAAAAUCGGCGGCGUCAGUUCAGGCGCCUCUCGGAAAGGUCGUCUGGCGCGGGAGGAUAUUCGACGGGGCGUGAGCCCUUUUUCCAAUAGCACGAUUCCAACGACCCCAACUGCUGCUGCGUGAUGUAAAGAAGAAAGAAAAAAAAUGAAAAAGUCAUCAGAGUGGCGGAACCUUAGUGCCAUUUAUUUUAUUGGUUAUACUUCUUUUUCCUUUCUCUGUAAUUCUCUCUUACCCAUCUGUAUGUGACUGCCGUUGUUUUAUCUCUAGAAAGAAAGAAAGAAAAAAAAAUAGCUUAACGUGUCCCCACAUCACCUGUCUAAAGCAUUUCUGUAACCUGCUAACUUCAUAUUCUAACCCCUUUGUGUGCGUGCUUUUGUUGCUGUCGUUUCAUGACGCAUGUAACCUACGUCAUGUUAUAUUAAAGUGCUGUCUUCUUCGUAGUGUAGUGCUCGUUUGUUUAGUUUUGUGGACAGGGGAACCACAUU